AUCCUCGUUGCAGCGACCGCCCUGCUGGCGUGCUUCUGCAUCUGGACCGUCCAACGAGUCGCGCACAAUGAAGCCAUCGCCAAACAGACAGGCCUCCCAGUCAUUCGAGUCUACGUGACUCCGAUGAACCCCCUCCGCCUCCUCUUCGCCAACUCCAUCAUCAAGCUUCUCAAACAACUACCUGUAGACGUCACGGGAUACACCCGGUUCUACGCCAAUGGCUGGGAGGCCACCGAGCGCUACAAGGCGCAUGAAGAUUUCGGUCCCGCUUUCUUCCUCGCGUCGCCGGGUGGCAACUAUUUGUACAUCUGCGAUCCCGACGCCGUGCAGGACAUCCUGCAGAGGAAGUCAGACUUUCAAAGAGAUAUCGUACGCAUGUCGAUUCUGAACGUGUACGGGAAGAACAUAUCGACGACCGAGGACGCGGAGUGGCAGAUCCAUCGCAAGGCGACCGCAGCCGCAUUCACCGAAGCCAACAACGAGACCGUAUGGAAAGAAGCGCUCGAACAGGCAAGGGAGAUGCGAGAAUUCUGGAUGGAGACCCCGAAAAAGGCCGUGACGACGAUUUCCAAAGACACGCGGACUUUCACCCUCAAUGUUCUCGCUGCUGCACUGUUCUCCAAGAGGUAUCCGUUCAAGAGCUUCCAGGCCGAGAGCGGCACGAGGGAUCUCAAGGACUACACGGAUCCCUCGAUGCAAUAUCGCGACUCGCUCUCCCGGAUCCUGCGCAACAUCUUCCUCAUCUUCCUAUUCGGGACGAAAAGAUUGAGGGAGGCGUGGUGGAUGCCGAAAGCGUGGAAGCAGACCGGGGAUGCCGUGGAGAUAUUCCAUUCCUACAUCAGCGGGCUCAUUGCAGAAGAACGCUCGAAUGCCACCCCGUCUUCGUCCACAAGAAAGCAAGACCUGGUCUCCAACCUCGUGCGCGCGUGCUCGACUGAAAAGGAGGACAAUGAGCGUCGAGCCGCUGGUGCCACUGUGCCACCAGAGACGCACCGUAGAACUCUCACCGAGGACGAGAUCAUCAGCAAUUUGUUCGUAUAUGCCUUCGCGGGGAACGACACCACGGCGAUAACAUUGGCCCACGCGGUAAUGCACCUGGCAGGCAGUCCCGAGACGCAGCUGUGGAUUCGAGAAGAAAUUCAACACUACGCGCCCACUGUUGAGUCGCUCUAUGACUACAAGACGUUCCCCAAACUGAAGCGCUGCUUAUCCGUCAUGAUGGAAACCCUCCGCCUCUGCCACCCCCUCGGCCAACUCAUAAAAACAACCGGCAAAGCUCCCCAAACAAUCCACCUUCAAGGCCAAACAAUCACACUUCCCAAAGGCCUAAACGUAAACAUCAAUCUCACAGCUUUACACACACUCCCCUCGACAUGGGGCGAAGAGCCGCUAGAUUGGAAUCCCGAACGUUUCUUCGCCUCCAAGACCACAUAUCCCGAAGACAGCGGCUUUGACGCAGAGCUACUCAUCCCCGACACGACCAAGUACUACCUCCCCUGGGCCUAUGGCUCUAAGGUAUGCCCCGGUAAGAAGUUCUCGCAGGUCGAGUUCGUCGCGGCGCUGGCAAUGCUGUUCCAGAGGCAUCAGGUGACGGUGGAGAGGAAGUUAGGGGAAAGCCAGUUUUACGCGGAUUUUCGGGCAGAGAAGGCUGCGAUUGAGAUCGAGAAGAAGUUGCUGAAUGAGAUGAAGAAUUCUGCAGAGAUUGGACUUGUUUGG